AUGGCCAAGCUGAGGUUUAACCGAGAAAUUAAACAUGUGUUGGAAAGAAUUGUGAAGCCGAAUAGGAAGGAUUGGAGCGCUAAGCUCUCCGAUGCACUUUGGGCAUAUCGAACGGCUUACAAAACACCGAUUGGCAUGAGCCCUUUUAGGCUAGUAUAUGGUAAGGCAUGCCAUUUGCCGGUAGAGAUUGAACACAAGGCUUAUUGGGCUAUAAAGGAAUGCAAUCUAAAUUUGGGUGGAGCCGGAGUUGAGAGGAAGCUUCAAUUGGCGGAAUUAGAAUGCUUGAGACUAGAAGCCUAUGACAAUUCUAGACUCUACAAGGAAAAGAUGAAAGCCAUCCAUGACAAGAACAUUAGGAGAAGGGAAUUUGGACCCGGGUGA